AUGUUCAUAUCUGCCGUGCUUACUACCCUCGCCAUCGCGGUCAGUCACGUCGCCGCACACGGCGGCGUACUGAGCUACCGGAUCAAUGGUCAAAUUUACCAAGGUUUCAAGGCCUACAACACCCCUGUGGGUCAGACUGGCAUUCAGCGCGAAUGGGACACCUACAACCCCAUUACCGACCCGACCGAUGGGUCUUUGGCGUGCAAUACCAACGGAGCAUCCCUCGGCUCCGCCCAGCAGUCCGCGACCGUCCCUGCGGGCUCGAAGGUCGUUGCGUAUUGGAACGAGUGGCCGCACGCCCUCGGCCCGGUCAUGAUUUAUAUGGCGAACUGCAACGGCGCAUGCACGUCUGCGACCCCUUCUUCGCUGAACUGGUUCAAGAUUGAGCACUCAGGCCUGCUUUCGGGGAACCUUCCGAACGGCCAGUGGGCGCAAGGCCAACUCAUCGCGAACAACAACAGUUGGACGACGACGAUCCCCGCCUCCCUCAAGGCGGGCGAGUACUUCCUCCGACACGAGCUGCUCGCGAUCCACACGUCAAACCAGCCGCAAUUUUACCCGGAGUGUGCGCAGCUGAUAGGCUCUGGAACUGCUCAGCCCUCUGGCUCAUAUCUCGUCAAGUUCCCCGGUGCCUACAAGAUGUCAGACCCCGGCGUCGGCAUCGACGUCUAUUCCCAGCCUAACGUGUACAAUUACACUAUUCCCGGUCCCACCGUCUGGCAGGGGUGA